CAUCGGUGUAUCUUUGCCGCUAAUUCAAGGAUAACAAAUAAAUCCAACAUUUAAGCUUGAAUAAUGUUUAAACUCGAAGGUUUGGGACCUAAAUUAGACCCGGAGGAGAUGAAGAGGAAAAUGCGAGAGGAUGUGAUCUCAUCCGUGAGAAAUUUCCUCAUUUAUGUCGCUCUUCUGAGAGUCACUCCGUAUGUCUUGAAGAAGUUGGACAGCAUCUGAGGACGUAGACUCGGCUCUAAAUCUGCACCUGAACUCAUGGAACGUCGUCUCGCUUCACCUGUUUGCAGCGCCGUCCUUCAUCAUCCUCCUCAUCCUCAUCAUGCUGCAUGUUUAUUUCCUGGAUGAAGCUGAACGUACUUUAAUUUAACCCCGUGUGUAUGCGCUGUGGCGUCGUGUCAUGUCCGUGGCGGUCAAUCAGUACAGAUGUGACGACACGACACACACACGGCUGUGUAUUGAUCAUGUGACCCGGACUGAACCAUAAAUCUUUAAUGUAUUCGACUCUCUCUAGACGCACGUGUUCUUUUGUAUUAAAAACGAAGCAGAAUGUGAAUAAAUUUCAAAGUUCGCCCGUCA